AUGGAUGCUUUGGGCAGUCUCCUUCCUCCCGUGGCUGGAAAUGGUGAUACAGCUAAUUCACAAGAAUUACAAAAACUUCUGAUUGAUGAAAAAAUGCGAUGUGAACACCAUAAAGCAAAUUAUCAAACUAUAAAGGCAGAACAUCUAAGAUUACAGGAGGAAUACACAAAAUCACAAGAUGAACUGAAGCGUUUGUUAGUUGAAAAGCAGACUGUACAUGAAAAAUUUCAGUUUCUUCUUGCUGAAUAUCGAGAGGAGUUGCUGGGUAAAACACAAGAGCUGGAAAAACUGAAGAUGCAGGUGCUGACUCCUCAAAAAUUAGAACUAUUAAAAGCACAAAUACAGCAGUAAUUGGAAUCUCCUAUGACAGAGCGUUAUCGGAAGCUAGAAAAUGAAGUGGAAAAAUACAGAACAGAAUAUAACAAACUUCGUUAUGAACAUACUUUUCUGAAAUCAGAAUUUGAACAUCAAAAGGAAGAACAUGCACGUAUUUUAGAAGAGAAGAAAAUAAAAUAUGAGGCUGAGAUUGCAAGGCUGGAUAAAGAUAAAGAAGAACUCCGUAAUCAUCUGCUUAGUGUUGAUCCCACGAGGGACAGUAAACGCGUGGAGGCACUCUCUCGAGAAAAGGCACAACUGUAUCAGAAAUUAAAAGGCUUAGAAGCAGAAGUAGCAGAACUAAGAGCAGAAAGAGACAAUUGUGGUGUGCAGGCAGAAAAUGUUCAAAGAGUACAAGUGCGACAGUUAGCUGAGAUGCAGGCCACGGCAAGGUCUCUAGAGGCAGAAAAGAAGUCUGCUGAACUACAGAUUGAUCGAAUUGAGAAAGAACUGCGGAUGAGUCAUGAGCAAAACAUUCUCUUAACUAGCAAACUUCACAAAUCUGAACGAGAAGUCAAUUCCUUAGCUGCUAAAGUAGAAGAACUUAAACACUCACAUAAAUUGGAAGUAACAAAUGUCAAACUGGAGGCAGCAAGAACAAAGAGUGAGGCAGAAAGAGAGAGAAACAAGAUUCAGAGUGAAAUGGAUGGAUUGCUGUCAGACAAGGAAAUUCUUAAGGCAGCUGUGGAACGUCAUAAGGUGCUUUUAGUAGAAAAGGAUCGGGAGCUAAUUCGUAAAGUGCAAGCUGCCAAAGAGGAGGUUUUUGAAAAAAUUGCAGCCUUACAGGAUGAAAAGUUAGAACUCGAGAACAGAUUAGCUGAUCUAGAGAAGAUGAAACUGGAACAAGAUACUUGGAGACAAUCUGAAAAGGAUCAGUAUGAAGAGAAACUACGUGUUUUACAGAUGGCAGAAGAAUCUAGCAAAAAGGAACUUCAGCGUUUGCGAUUAAAAAUUCAACAGCAAGCUAUUCAGACAGAGGAGUUGGAAGAAAAGAAAUGUGAAAGUGCUGAUCUGAAACAGCAAAUGCACAACAUGCAACUCCAACUUGCCUCACUUUCUCAGUCAGAAAAUGAUUUACUGGAAUCUAAUCAGAAGCUGAAGGAAAUAAUAGAAAGAUUGAAACAAGAAUGUCAACAUGCAAGGACUCAGGCAGAAAAAGCUCAACUGGAAACAGAGAAGACUUUAGAAUACAAACGUAUAGAAUGGCUGGAGGAGAAGCAUGUGCUUACUCAGCGCAUCACAGAGAAAGAAGAGAAAUACAACCAAGUGAAGAACAAGUUGUGUCGAGCUGCUGUUGCUCAGAAAAAGAGAAAGACUCUCAAUGAUAAUAAACAAAGGAGGAUGCAAGAGAAACUAGAACUUUUGGAAGCCAAGAUAGAAGAGCUAGAAAAAGAAAAUCAGGUGCUAAAUAGACAGAAUGUUUCCCAUGAAGAAUACGCACGCCUCCAGAAGAGACUAAAGGACUUGCAACGUAGGCACAAUGAAUUCCGGAGUUUAAUUCUGAAUCCUAACAUACCAUCACUCAAUCCAGUCAGUGUAAUGUCAUCAUCUGCCUUGCCUCCUGGGCCUGAAGUGUCCUUCCCCCUUCUUCAGGAGGAACAGCAUCAGAGAGAGCUGUCCUUGCUUCGUAAGCGGUUGGAAGAACUGGAAACCACACAGCGAAAACAGCUGCAAGAUCUUGGACCAUCUAGAGAGCGAGUGACGGUGGGUGCAUACGGGGACUUGGCUAGAAACAAGAUGGCUGGAGAAGGCGAUGCACAGACACCCUUGCUGCUGCCGAGGCAAGGGACAGCUCUUCCCCCUCCGGUGGGCCACUGCGCUAUGCCGCUCACCUCCGGCGGCGGGACCCUCCGGAAACGCGUGGAAAUGUAUCUCCGCCUCAUCAACGCCUUACCUCACAUCUAA